AGUUUAGUUGUCGACGCCUGAAACAUUAUUUCGUACACGGGCAUAUACAUUCGAAAAGCAUAUAUAUCGUAUCGCAAAAAAAAAUCGCACAAUGUGGCGAGGAAAUCGAGAAUUUUGUGGAAGUGGUGGUACUAUAUUGUUAUCCGUUAUUUCACUGGUAGUCAUAAUUUUGGCAGUUUUAUGCCAAGCACAAAUAGAUGGAUCUCCAAAGGAUAUCACAAUUGUGAGACCUAAACACUUGAAAUAUCCGAGCUACAGGUCACUCCAGAGGAAUGAAAGUUAUGCCGAAGAGGCAGAAAGUAGACGACAUAACAGCAACAACAACAAUGGGAAGCGACCCAGAUCCAGUGAAACGCUGGAUGCUGAAGAAUCUCGUCAACAAUCUCAUCAAAUUGAUGAUCAAGAUGCCAAAGUUGGGCGAAAGUUUACCAAUUCAACCACCGGAACGUCUGCGACUAAUUUGAAGCGAUCACUGCUUCCUGGUCUUGGAGGAGGAGGUGGUGAUUUGUUUGGUGGGGAUUCGAAAGGGGCGAGAUUCGGAAGUCCGCUUGGAAUUCAGAAAACUCCUCCAGACCUUCAAUUCGGCCUCGCCUUCACCGUCCCCUUCGUCUCACUCUCGACGGACAAGCUGAUCAAUACGUUCUCUGGGAAGUCCUACGGAGGAGGAGGUGGAGGGCAAAAUGACGUCUCAAACAUUCUUAAGUUGAACUUGGGAGGUCUCAUUGCAGCAAUAGUCGUUGGAAUUGGAGCAUUCUUUCUAGUCCCUGGACUCUUACAUCCUGGCAAAUUUGGGGGAGGAGGAGGAAAUGGAUUUGGUGGAGGAUGGGGAAGUUCACUGCUGGACAGCAUUUUGCCACAUGGGAUUCCCGGAAUUUUAGACCAGUUCUUGGGUGGACAUUUUGGACAUGGUGGCAACAACUUUGGACCGGACAAUGGAGACGGCUGGUCUGGAAAUGAGGAUCAUGUUGGAAACCGUCCGUUUGGUUAUCAGGACUUUUAUGAGUACAAUGGUGUUCAUAAUCAUAAUCGGAAAGAUACUACAGCAAGGGAAAAGUCGUCUCGUAGAGAAGGUCGGAGCAAUGACAAGGUCAACGGUACGGCGAUUUCCGUAGCCCCAUCGGAAUUAUUUGGAAAUUUAGUAUCGACCGUGUCCAACUAUGCCAAGAAGUAUGUGACUACUGCCCAGAGUUGUUUGCAGUUGCAAAUUUGUCGCAAAGCAGUUUCUUCAAAGAAAGAAAAGAAGGAGAAAAAAAUAGGAGAGGAUGAGGAUGAAAUCGACUUGUUAGGCUUGGUUGAGUCCUUGAGUGACAACGAGUUGGUUCGUGAUAGUCCAGUGAGUAUGGAAAUCAAGAAGGCUCACGAGCACGGACAAACGACUGGAGAAUGUCAAAAGUAUGAAAGGCCAGAGUGCAAAUAAAAAUCUUAAACACGCACAAGACGAAUUUUUGAUACUUUCAAGAUUUCAGUAGACUUAAUAUAUUUUUAUAACCUACUUAAAUCAUGAUGUAUAUUUUUCAAAUGAUUGAGCAAUAAAUCUUCCUCGCCUUUAUCUCAUUUCCGUGACUUUUUGACUUCAUAUUAUAUAAUUAAACUUAGAAUUACUUAUGUAACAGUUUAAACAGCAUGCAAAAAAACAAUUCAAGCUUUUGCAUGAACAUCUGCAAAAAUUAAAUGCUGAAGAUGCUACAUAUCUAUGCUAAAAAAAUGUGUCCAGUUUUUUAGGAUCUCGUUUUCAUAUUUAAUCAAUAUAAAUACAUAUGUAGUCACGUUGUUCAUUUGUAAAACAAGUAAAGUAAAAUAAAAUGGAGUAAGAUAAGUGGCUCUAAAAAAACAGGAAAAUUAUAUAAAAUCCAAUACAUUCAAUUUACGUAUUCCAAGACAUGUCUGCAGGUAGACCAUGUAAAUAAAUAAAAGUACCUUGUUAAGACAAUAAAAUAACGAUGAAAUAAAAGAUUAUCCUGCCCGUA